CUGGAAUCUGGAUAACGCAACUAAUUACCCACGCAACCUGCAGUUCGCGCCAAGCCCAUGUUCCCCGGUUGUAUUUCGACUCCGAGCUUCACAUAACAGCGUCUAUCAUGUCACAAUGCGCGGCCUGUAUAAUGAGGUACCAGGAUCACACCCCAGUCAAAUUCCCCAUCCCUUAGUCCAUGGCAGAGCGUAGAGGUACCCAUGUUCGACAAAACACCAGCGUCGCAGACAGUCAAAUCAUCUCUCAGGAAUGUAAUGGCCAACAAUCGCCCAAUCUUCUCUCGAGCACAGAAGUCGGUUCAGUAAACAAACAGGAUCUCGAGACUGGCGAGCCUCGGAAACAGAGAUUCAAAACCACCUUGGACCGUUUCCUCCGGCGAGGCAAGGAGCCUAUUGGCGUGAUACAGAGCAUUAAGAAAAUAUAUGGAUGUUCAUGGCUCAAUGUGCUGCUGCUCCUGACGCCGGUAGCAUGGUGGGCGCAUAUCGACGAACAUUUCGGUGAUAAUAAUCAUACUGUUGUCUUUUCACUUUGUUUCUUGACAAUUAUACCACACGAAUGCUUGUUCGACUACUGUGGUGAACAGAUGGCUUUUUAUCUGGGCAAGGAUCUUGGCGACUUGCUCACGAUCACUUUGAACAAUGCCGUUGAGGUGACCCUCGCUAUCAUGCUCCUGCUUCAGUGCGAACUCAAGCUUCUUCAAUCGACCAUCACUGGCGUGAUUUUAUUGCACCUCCUUCUUGUACCUGGAGCCGCUUUUCUUACAGGCGGUGCUCGAAUAUGGGAACAGGACCUGCACCCUGUCCAUACUCAACUCAAUCAUACCUUGCUUACUGUUGGGGUGUUAGCCCUUUUGUUGCCGGCUUCAUUCUAUGCAGCUAUUAACAGUGGUACUUCCAAUGCGAUAUUGGCCAACGGCGAACUCUCGGACCUUGGUAGCAGCACCCAAUCCGAUUUCUUGAACAUGAGCAGAGGGCUUGCAAUGAUGCUAAUUAUCAUAUACAUUUGUUCGCGGAUUUUCUAUCACAACCCUCCUGGUGCUGGAAACACCUUAUUGACCCAUUCUUUGGCACCCGCCCAGUUCAAGGUUGAUGAUGAAAAACUACAAAAAGAGGAGCCUGACGUUAACCAAUGGGUCUGCAUCUGCUUCCUGAUUGUUAACAUUGGGGUCAUGGCUGUGACCUCGGAGUGGUUGGUGGACAGCAUCGAGCCUGUGAGGAAUAUUUCCGGCAUCACGUCGGAGUGGUUCGGCUUGGUCAUCUUGCCCUUUGUUUCCUUCUCAGCGGAUGGUGUUGUUGCAGUAGGCUACUUUUUGCAGAAGGCCCUUUCCCGAGUGUGGUCUAGGAAAGAGGACCCUGAACCACCCAGUCCUCUGGCCAAAGCUGAAGCUAUUGAUUUGAGCAUUCAGUUCGUCUUGCUCUGGAUGCCGUUCCUAACUUUACUUGGCUGGUGGAUCGGAAAGCCUUUCAACCUGCUGUUUGAUUUCUUCGAAGUUGCGCUACUCUUGGGUGCCUGCUUCCUUGUAAAUUUUGUAACUGCCGACAGUAAAACGAACUGGGCAGAGGGGUUCAUUUUGUUGUCAUUUUAUGCCAUGAUGGUUCUUUGUACUUGGUACUACAGGGGAGAAUCUGAUAUAAGUAGUCUGUUACUUUGUCCGGGACAGACUGCCACAAGUUCUUGAAAUCCACAUUUCAAACCCACACCUACGUUCUUCACUCAUAUACAAACCACAUCCUACAUGUCAUUGUCAAACCACAGUGUAUAGUCCGUUGCUUGUGUCCGAGUGACUGUUGUCUUUACAAUAUAUACCAUUGAAUAUGUGUCAGAAAUCUUGAAAAUCAGGUCAUGAAUGGACACGUCGACUCCC